AUGUUGGAAUUGCCAAACUUGGAGAUCCUGGCGAUUGAUGACCUGUGCCCUCAGCUCAAAACAUUGGCCUUCAACUGCAGCGGGAGCUAUGAUUGGGUGCAGCAGUUUGCGCAGCUGCCCUUGUCAUCCACCCUGGUGAACGUGCAGCUGAUGAUCCAGGGUACAACCUACCACCCUGAGUCGGACCACAUUCCUGAGUUCUGGCAAGUGCUGGGUGCUGCUCGCAACUUGUCCACGCUCAAACUCGUCUUCUCAGCGUUCCAGCAGGAGGGCGUCCACAAUCAGGUGGAGGCAUUUCUCAGGAACGCUUCGUUUCAAAAUUUCAGAUGGCCAAACCUCCAGGAGCUGGGCCUCUAUUUGGCCCCCUGCAAGUACACCAGCAUGCAGCCGCAUUUCAUGCAAUCUGACAUCUGCAAACCGGAUUUGCUGGACACCGGACAUGUUUGGUCAUCGAUACAAAUCCUCAAGCAGUACGGCUUCUUCCCGGCGCUGUCUCAGGUGAAUUUGUAUCCGGUGCUGUGGGAGCCCUUCACCGGCGAGGGGGAGGUGGCGCCCGAAACUGGGACACUGAUGGUCGAUUCGCUGAAUCUCAUUGGCGUCCGGGUGACUGCGCUCGAGGCGCCGGGGCAUGAGAUCGGGGACUGCGGCUGGCGCUGCAUGGGUGCCCCCGGGCCGGAGGCCGAAGCCGUCGGCUGCGCGCUGCGCUGCCUGGACAUGACUCAGGCGGAUCCUGAUCAAGGCGGCUCUGAUGGUGAAGAUGGUGAAGGGGGUGAUGAUGCAGGCGAGGGGAAUGAAGAGGGUCCGGGGGUUGAUGAUGCGGUGGAGGAGGGGGGGCAGGGGAAUGAUGAGGGUGAGGGGGGUCAUGAUGCGGUUGACGAGGGCGGUGAGGGGAUUGCAGAGGGUGAUGUUGGGGCCUAUGAUGAGUUUCUGGCAGAGAUUGCCGCGAGCCCAUCAGCCGGUCUACAGCUUUUGCAGCUCGAUGAUUACGAUUUCUACCCUCCCUCUGAGCCCCCCAAGACCCCAGGGAUCCUGGCAGCUGGGAAGUCUCUGCGCAUCCUGGCGCUGCAUAAUUUCUCAAGGCACUUUGAUGGGGAGCUGGUGUCCGUGCUUGCUGGGUGCCCACAUCUGGAGGAGCUGUACCUGGCGCCCUUCAGAGUUCCUGCUGAGAAGCCCAUGAAUUUUGUCCAGAUGUGGCCCUGCCUCGAGAACCUUCGCAUCCUGGUUCUGGACCUCAUCAGCCCCAGUGGCUUUGUCUCCCCGGAUGCAAUGAGCAUGUUGGAGCUGCCAAAUUUGGAGAUUUUGGGAGUUGAGGACCUGUCAGCAACCAUGGUACCACUCGGCUUGAGGUGCCCUCAGCUGAAAACCUUGGUGAUGAACGGCAAUGGGGGCCACAUGUGGGGACAGCAGUUUGCGCAGCUGCCCAUGUCGGCCUUGCUGGCCAAUGUGCAGAUAAAGAUCCAGGCUGGAAUGCCGGAAAUGGAGCAGGCAACGAAAUUCUGGCAGGGCCUGAAAGCUGCUCAGGGGCUGACCACCCUCAAGAUCAUCUUCUCAGCGUUCCAGACAGAACACAUCCACGGAACGGUGGAGCUAUUUCUGAUCAAGGCUGACGAGGCGAACUCCGCAUGGCCAAAGCUGCAGGAAAUUGGCCUCUACCUGACCUCCUGCAACUGCUGCAGCCGCUGGCCGCACUUUCAGCUGACAGCAGAAUCCGAGUCGGAGGCGAUUGACUUGAGAUCCCAGAUCUGGAGGCCCCUCAAAAUCUUCAAGCAGAACCAGACCUUCCCACAGCUGUCCCAGGUGUGGCUGUACCCGGUGCAAGACAUCCCGGCCGGCGUCAACGCUGCGGCCGAAGCCGCAGAGCCGACGCCGAACAUCGUACACAUGUACGUCGGAAGCCUGGAUGAGAGACUUCUGGGGGCUGAAGAGGCUGGCGUGCGGGUGACUGCACUUGAGGCGCCGGGGCAUGAGAUUGAUGACUCACGCUGGCGCUGCAUGGGUGCUCCCGGGCCGGAGGCAGAGGCGAUCGAGCGGGUGCUGCGCUCCCUCGACUUCACUCUGUCGGCGGAAUACCAGGAGAAUUACGAGACCGGGCAUGCCGGCGGCGGCGGCGAGGGUGAGGAUGGCGAUGGUGAGGGGGAUGAUGGGGAGGGCGAGGGAGAGGAUGGCGAUGGAGAGGGAGAGGAUGGCGAUGGAGAGGGGGUGAUUAAUGAGCAGGGCGAGGGGAAUGUUGAGGGUGAGGGAGAGGGUAAUGCUGGGGCUGAGUGA